ACCUUGGUGGCCAAACAUAGAUUUGAUUUUAGAACUAACCCAAUCCAAAUCCCGACUGAUAACGGGGGCUGAUCUAAGCAAUGCUUAUUAAUAUCCAAAUGCUAAGAUUCGACGUAUUUGUUCGGAUAUACUAAGAAAUUACCUCUCUCUUUCUCUCUCUAACUGCGCUCAAAAUGAAUAAACCCAAAUGGUAAUUAGAUGUCGAGAGCUGAUUCGUUCAAUCUUUGCCGUAAAAUCGGCUCUGACAGCUCUCUUGUUUUUCAUUUUCUGUACAAACAGCAGCAGCAACAACAAAAACAACCACUUCCACGUUUGUUUGUUUGUUUGUUUAUUCUCCUCCUCUUCCAUUUAUCCCAAAAUCAAGUACGAUCAAAAUCCGGGUUCUAUAAAUUUCCGUGUUUAUUGGUUGAUCUCCACGUUCAUAAUCACGUUUCAGCUGUGUUAAUUUUUCAACGAUCCGGUUGAAAAAUGGAAGAAUCGGCAUCGCAGAGGGACAAGGAGAGAGAACGACGCCGUAUAAGGGACAGGGAAAGAAGAUCGUCGAUGACCGUAGAACAGAGAGAGAGGCAUCUCGCAAGCCGCCGACGAAACUACCAUCUACGAAGACUGAGAUCUCGAAGCGUAAGAACGACGAAUCCAAGCGUUUCGUCACCAAUUGAAAUGGCUGAAACCAAUUCGAAUCAGACAGUCGCAGAGACUUCCAUUGCAGAGCUUGAUCUGCAACGAAAUGGGCUUACGCUUAUUGAUUUCAACCACGAACAACAGUUGACGUCUUCCGGUUCCGAAACUUUGGACCCAAAAGCUGAAAUUCUUCAGGGGAGGGUUCGUUUGAGUCAUAUUCGACGACUUGCACGUUCAAUUGGGAUUCACCAAAUGAUGGAUUCCAUGGAAGAAUCGACUGGAAAUUGCAAGUCUGAGGAUCAUAGCUUGGAAUGUGAUCCAAGAAGAUCUUCGAAAGCAUUACGGCUAAAUCGCGUCAAGCAUCUCGCGAGAAAGAUCAAUUCUUCUGUGAAGCCAUCUGCUGCUGAUGAAUCACAAAAUCAAACUGCCAUUGCGGGCAGUACUAAUCUCUAAGCUCUCCAUCCUCCGUUUUAUCGAUCAAAAUUCAAAUGGAGGCUUUAUACGAUGGAGGAUUUCGUUUAUAAGCAUCAUCGACAUUGAUUGCCGAAAUGGGAAUCAGAUGCGGUUACUAAUGAAGCCUCUUGUAAUAUGUUGCAAAUUAAAGUGGGCUUACUUUGGUUUGUGUUGAAUUGUUUGAAUGAAGGAAACAAAAGAACACAAAUUGACCGACAAUGGGACAAACAGAGGCUGGGCGGAUUGAAUUUGGCUUAGAAGUAAGCAGAGAAUAUUUUGCUGUUCAUAAUGUUGUUCUUGAAAGAUGAACAUACGUCAGUGUUUCUAAUAAAGAUAUUGCGGAACAAUACUAGUUGAUUGAUUUUGU